CGAAGUAGGUACCUAGAUAAAACAACUAACAGUAAAAUAUCGCAUAAUAAUAUAAUAGUGUCCUAUGGUCGUAUUUACGUUGAUUUUUUACAACUGUAGCUGCCAAUUGCAGUGGGACCUUAAAUAUGAGCGAGCCAGCUAAAAAAUAUUUGAUUAAAAUUGCAAAACUCCAUUUGGCUGUAGAUGCUCAAGAUAAUGUAUUGGGACUUAAAGAAUUGGAUUUGUUUCUGAAUUCUGAAAACAUUAAUACAAUUUGCGCAAUUACGGGCGAUAAUGAAAUCGGAAAAACAGUGGAAUUUGUCAGAUCGAUUCCCGGCGAGUCAACCGGAAAAAAUGUAAUUUUCACGAAAACUGGUUCCAACAGUAAUGGGUCCGAUUUCCCUUACAGUUGUCAGGUUAUGACUGUCACCGGACCGCCAACCUUAGCGCUUUACCAAACAUUAUGCAACGUUUACAGUCCGUUACUGCAAAAGACUCAGUACAAUGGAAUAAAGAAAACGAUUGUCAGUCUACAAACUGAACUGCGAUCAGCAAUAUUGGCCGAAAAUUGUCAACUGGAAAAAGGUUUGUCUCCGCUGGAUCCGCCUCCAUUGAUAGGAACCGAAUCUCUAGAAGACGAAGUAAACUAUUGGGAGGAGUUUUCAUUUGGCAAGAAGAAAGAUAAAUUAACUCGGCGAGUGGCAGAGACGUUUCAAACAAUCUUGAAACCGUUGGCCAAUGAUUUUUUAGUUAUAGAGGCGGUGCCUGCAAGCGAAGCAGAAGAAUUGUUAGAUAAGGCCCACAACACCUUGGACGACUUGUGGAGGCACCAACCUUCCUAUCCACUGGAUCGGAUUAAACAUUUGAUGGACGUUAUUGGUGGGAGCGUGUGGAAAUUUACCAUUCAUCAGUUCAAACAUUGCGACAUUUGGAACAACGACUAUCACAUCGUCUCGGACAGGCUUCUGCAGAGCAUUUCCUUGGGCGACAAAUGGCUAACAACCUGCAAGCAAUUGACCGCGAUAUUUUGGCCGAACUAUUCCGCGAACCCUUGGAACGAGUCACCCUACACACCUUCGGCUUUACUCCACUUCUUAUUAAGAAUGAAAGAGGUUUUAAACGCAAGAACGGUUCACAAACAGCUUCUAAGCCUUUCAACGCCACAAGAGCAGCAAGAUUUAGUGAGCCAAUACAUUUUUAAACCAUUUAGAGACAUCGACGUUUUCGCAUAUGACGACGCAGCGACUCGUGAGUUUUUAAAAGCGCAAAAGGAGUUUGAAUACUUACUGCAACCCGCCGAAAGCAGGAUCGCUCGAAAACUGAAGAAGCAAUUUUCGCCGAUGAACGUAAACGUUAGACAGCUUAUAUACAAAUUUUCGAGAUACUGCGAACUUAUUCGGCGACCGGUAUUGAGAAAAAUGUUUCAAUCGGAGCGUGAAUAUUUACUGACGAAUUUGCAAGAGUACAUAAGGCAAAUUCAGUCCCAAUCUCAUUCAGAGCGAUCGCAGCUCGUUACUAGACAGGAAACUACCUCUAUUAUUAAAGAUAUCAUUCUUAUACGACAGCUAAAAUCCAAAGCCAACGAAGUAUAUGCCGUUGGAGAGCAGAUACUCAGCGAAUUGCCCGACUACGCCAAAGUACGGGACAUGCUUGACGAGGUAGUACACGACUUAAAGCAACAACAAAAUGAACUGUUUGAUUCUUGGAGUACCAGAGUCACGUGUGACAUCAACAAUGAGACUUUGAGUCUCAAGCAAACGGAUCCAGUGGUACAGUUUUCUAAGGAAAAAUUGAUGAAGGUCAAUUAUCCAGCAUCCUUAGUUACAUUAGUGUCCGAAGUAAGGCAAUUGAGUGCUAUGGGAUUUCACAUAUCAUCCGUAAUUGUUCAAACAAGCGAGCAUGCUCAGAAGUUUCUUAAAUUCGCCAGAAUUUUGGAACAGAUUGCAAAUUUCCACAAUACGAUCGGCGAUCGGAUGGUAGCAUCACAGAAACCGAUGAUGUUAUCGAGCGCCUUAGAAGUAUCGAAACUUGUCCAGGAACAAGAGGUUGUUUCGUGGAACGAAGAGAAGUCGGUUGGAAAAUACGUGGAUGUUCUCAAAAGAGCAGUGGAAAAGUUAUCUAGGGAAAACAGUUUGCUGACUUCGUACCAUAUUGAGAUCGUUGACAAAGUUCGUCAGCUACAAAACACGAAUCUGUUCGUCAAUUAUCUGCAGUGGAAGGAGACUAUUAAAAAUAUACGAGCCAUUUUCGAUCAGGUAGAACAGAAACGUUUUAAAAACAUGCAAACUUGGAAAGUGGACAUCGAUCAGAGGGUGUUUGACAUAUUCGAAGAGCAAUUCGUGAAGAAUCUCAAAAACGUACAAUUAAACUUGCAAGACAUCCACGUCGAUUUGGUGUAUCGCGGAGAUCGUUUGCAAUUCGCCCCCGACCAUUCGACUUUGGAACAAUUGUUCGAACAACAGUUGGAAAAGUAUUUUAAUAUUCCUAAGCACUUCCGAAGCUUGUCAGAGUGUAGCAACAGCCCAAAAUACAGUCAAAUUUUAGACAGGAACAAAGAGUGUCUAGAGAUUGUCUCCAAAAAUAAGCGACAAUUGUUCGAUCAGUUAAAUUCCGUGAUCAAACACUGGCAAUCGUGGCUCCAAGUGGAAGCGCUAGAUACGAAUAAUCUCAGAAACUGGCAGGACUGGGAUUUGCAUUUUAGAGCGUCCAAGACAUUUGGCCAAGAAAUCGCGAAAUUGCCUAAUGCUGAAGAGAAAGUCGGCUGCUUCUUGGUCAAUCUCUCUACGUUAAGAGCGGAUUUGGAACGCCACAACAGGAACUAUUGGGAUCAGCUGAUAUAUUCAUUGAAGGAUUCCAUAGCGCAGGACGUGGUCAAAUUGCAAAACUACAUCGACCCGUCGACGGCCAUUUUAACUAAGCAGCCGGUAACGGUGGAUCAGAUAGGCGAGUCAAGGACGAACUAUUCGAGCAUAAUGACGGCACACGAAGAGAUGAAACAAACUUUGAACGAAAUGUUUGCGAAAUCUCAGAUUUUGGGAAAUUGGUCACGGGAACAAGUGGAUUCUGUAAAUCGACUCAAAGGAGCUUGGGAAAGGCUGCAGAGUUUGAUCGAUAAUUUUCAACAUAUCAUGGCUAAACAGCUUGAGAACAUUAAAACGACGUUAAACAUCGAACGAGAAAACCUGAUCCAGCAGAUGGAGCAUUUCGAAGCGAAAUGGAACCAAAUGGUCACUGUCCAAAAGAGUUCGGAUAUUUCCGACAUUGACGUUAUGAACCGACAAUGGCAAGAGGUUAAAACGAAGCGUGAAGAAUGGAACAGCAUUAUCGAAAAGAAAAAUAAUUUAGUUUCCGAAUACGAAAAAUUUAAUUUGGGCGCUCCGGAAAUAUCUUUCAUAACAGAAAUAGAAAACGCCAUACGUAAAGAAGAAAGUUCUUGGGUUUCAUUUGAGGAAUUCUAUUCUGAAUUUAAUAAAUUAUCUUCCGAAUAUUGGAUCGUGUUGCGGAAGAAAAUUCACCUUCUUGACGAUUUUCUACAAACUUGGGAGACCAAAUUGAUCGAACGAGAAUCUUCAAAUUUUGUAGCGCCGCUGCUGGAAGAAAUUCAUAAAUACAAAGGAAUAAUUCCAGUUUUAAAACACGUGAGGGGCGAAGAUUUCACCGAGAAACAUUGGACAGAUGUUUUCAAUAUUUUAGAAAUGGAUCCAAAGCCCGUGGAUCAGCUUCAAUUAAACGAUUUUCUACAACGAUCCAAGAAUCUGGAGCAGUUUACGAAGGAGUUGCAGUCUAUCAGUAAACGAGCAGCCAGCGAGAUUGUCAUUAGGCAAGCGCUCAAAGACAUAGAUCAUUGGGACCUCCAAGCUAGAUUCGCCCUGAUCGAACAUACUGACGCCAAAGGUCAUAAGGUUGCGCUUAUUGAGGAUUACAAAAAGCAUUUAAACAAGAUUGGUGAUCACCAAACUGUGCUGCAAUCGAUAAAAAGUUCUCCGGAUUAUGAAGCUCAAUCGGAGAAGGUGAAAAUUUGGGACGAAAAGUUAGUCAAUCUAAGCGAAUAUCUAACGCUUCUCGUGCAGAUUCAAAAAAAGUGGACCUAUUUAGAGCCGAUAUUUGAAAGCGGAACCUUAUCACAGGAUAACGCUAGAUUUCAGAAAAUCAGUAAAGAGUUCACUCGCGUGUUGCAUUACGUUGCUAAAGAACCGAGGGUGACCGCGCUGUGCAGAUUCCCAAAUUUGAAGUUGCUUCUCCAAAACGCAUUGGAUCAACUUUUAAGAUGUCAACAUAGUUUGGACAACUUUCUGGAGGAAAAGCGCGCGAAGUUUCCUCGAUUUCUAUUUUUGAACGACGAAGAUCUUUUGGAAGUGGUUGGCCAAUCCUCCAAGGAGCAAGUAAUUCAAUCGCACAUGAAGAAAAUCUUUUCCGGUAUUCACAGCGUUAACUUAUGCCCAAAUAGCGAAAAAAUUAUCUCCAUAUGUUCGGCUCAGGGUGAAAUAGUCACUUUGCAGAGUCCGGUUUAUAUAAGGAAACCCGUUGAGGAAUGGUUGAACGAUUUAUUGAAAGAAAUGCAAAAUACCCUGAAGGAAUGGUUAACAGAAUGUCAGAAGGAAGGCAACGCUCCCGAUCCGCUGGACUAUCCGUCACAGAUUUUAUGUCUCUCGAACGAUAUAAAUUUCACUUCCAAAUGUGAACAAGCGAUAGCUGAUAUGAACUUGCCGUCCCUAUUUGCUAAAUAUAAGGCCCAGCUCAAUCACUACACUUCCUUGGAGGUUAAAGGCGAUGAUAAUUCAGAACACGAUAAUGUACUUGAUCUUAAAUUAAAAGCGUUGCUAUUGGAUACGACUCAUUAUAUUAACGUCAUUGAAGAAUUGCUAAAGGAAAAUAUAUCAAAAGUUUCGGACUGGGUAUGGCAGAAACAACUACGGUUUUACUCAAAUUCCCUUGGUGACGUUACUGUAAAGAUGGCGAACUCCAGAAUGGAAUAUUCCUACGAAUACUUGGGAAACCUCCAAAAACUGGUGCGGACUCCUUUGACCGAAAAAUGUUUUCUAACUUUGACGCAGAGUAUUUAUUUAGGCAUGGGAGGUAACCCGUAUGGACCUGCUGGAACGGGAAAGACAGAGUCGAUCAAGUCCUUGGGGGCCAUGUUAGGACGCCAGGUGUUAGUUUUUAACUGUGACGAGGGAACAGAUGUCAAUUCCAUGACCAGAAUAUUAAUGGGUCUGGCCAAAACCGGGGCCUGGGGAUGUUUCGACGAGUUCAAUCGUUUGGAGGAAGCUACAUUAUCGGCUAUUUCCAUGGUUAUCCAACCCAUCCAACUUUCUUUAAAAACUAACAAAUCGACCGUAUUACUCUCGGACAAAGAGAUAUCGCUGAACAAACACUGCGGCAUAUUCGUCACCCUGAAUCCAGCUAGUGAAAAUUACGGAGGCAGGAACAAAUUGCCGGACAAUCUGAAGCAACUUUUCCGGCCCGUGGUCAUGUCUCAUCCCGAUCGCGAACAAAUCGCCAGAACUUUGUUGCGUUGCGACGGGUUUCAAAAUGCCGACCUUAUAGCGACGAAGCUAGUGGAAAUUUUCGAUAUGUGCAGUAAACUAAUGAGUAAACAACGACAUUACGAUUGGGGAUUAAGAGCAAUCAGAAGCGUCCUGGUCGGAUGUGGAUCGGCAAUAAGAAAAUUGAAGCGAAAUGCCAAAGUCAUGGUGGACGCGGAUUUCGAAAUGACUACAGUGGUGGGCGUCUUACGGGUGGAUGUUAUGUCAAAAUUAACGUUCAACGACGGAAUGAAAUUUGAAAAAUUGAUGGAAAACGUUUUUAAAAAUGUUCCCAAUCAAAGUAUAGAACAGCAAUCAUUGAUAAAGGCGCUGGAAGAAAGUUGCGUGGAAAUGGAUUUGGACGUCGACGAAAGACAGAUCAACAAAUGUUUGGAAUGCUAUAGGCAACUGAAACAGAGAAUGGGCUUGGCUGUAGUGGGACCGCCUAGUUCAGGCAAGAGUACUAUAAUCAGUUUGCUGAGAAAGGCUCUUUUAAAAACCGGACAACUAAUAAAAGUUUACCCAUUAAAUCCAAAAAGUAUGAGCAGACAGUUAUUACUGGGAUCAAUGGAUAACCUCAAUCAAUGGAAUGGCGGAGUGCUGACUAAUUAUAGCAUUCAAGCAACCUUGGAGGCUCCAGAUACAUGGACGUGGAUUUUAUGUGACGGCGACAUAGAUCCCGAAUGGGUCGAAUCGCUCAACUCUGUUUUGGAUGAUAAUCGAAUCCUGUCGCUCCCGUCUGGUUGGCGCAUACAAUUCGGCGAGAAUGUAAAUUUUGUGUUCGAGACACACGAUUUGAAUCACGCUUCUCCGGCCACCGUCUCUCGAAUCGGAAUCGUUCUGCUGAAUUCGGAGGACCUGCCCCUGGACGACUACCUAAAUGCCUUCAUAAAGAAAUUGCCUCAGGAUGACAGAGAUUGCAUGGAAUCGAAUUUGCGGGAGUAUUUUACAAAAGGAAUUAGGUGGGCUAUAAGCGAAGGCGAACUGAGCGUCUCAAGACCGCUAAUUUCCGUGGCAAGAACCGGCUUGUCGCAACUCCACGCUGCGAAAAACAGAAGCCAGUUUGUUGUCGGAUUGAUCAACGGUAUAGGCCAACAACUGCAUGAGGAUUUCCGAGAAAAUUUCGGCCAACUGGUGUUUGAGUGGAUGAAUGAAACCGCACCUCCUAUGGUUAGUAGACCCUAUUACGAUAGCGAUCGUGAUUGUAUUGACUCCUACCAUACUAGUCCUAGUUCAGAUCCCGCUGGGGAAUUGCUGCUCUUAACGGGACAAGUGAAAUACUAUUUAAGUAUAAUUCGCGAAUGGUUAGAUAAAACAACCAAUCAGCACUUUCUGAUGUUGGGUCCUCACGGAUCGGCCAAACGGUUAAUGAUUUCUCACGUAAUAGCGUCAUAUUUCGAUACCGAAAUCGUGACUAUCCACUGUAACGCUGGUUUGCUGACACAUCACAUCAUUCAGAAAUUAUUGCAGCAUUGUCUGUCGCUGUCCACCAAUAAAGGAAAAAUGUUAAAACCGAGACGCGGCAGGUUGAUACUUCAUUUUAGAAAUGUCCAUUUGCUUAGCCAUGACAAAUGGGGCACCAGCAUGGUAAUCGAAUUUCUUAGCCAGAUAAUAGAGUUCGAAGGAUUUUUUGAUUCCAAUACGGAAUUUAUUAGACUAGAAAACGUGACAAUAGUAGGGUCGUUAUCAUCUGCAAACCGACUAUCAUCAAGGUUUUUGUCUAAGCUGCAUGUCCUGAGUAUAACGUUACCCGAUCAAGAAGACUUACCGUCAAUUGCAGCUUCGCGGCUUUUCCAUGCAAUGCCAAUCAGUAAUGAAACUUGGUCGAAAUCAAACGUUUACAAACUGGCUAGCAUAAUGGCCGAAACUUACAAGAAGAUCAGAAAUUAUAUUUCCACUUUGCGACCGAAACAUUACGCCAUCAAUCCGCACGACUUAACCCGAUGGUGUGACGGAUUGAUACGCUACAAGAAUAAUGGAGACACUGAACAAGAACAGUUCAUGAUUGAAAUCACCUGCUAUGAGGCAUUUAACGUAUUCUCCCAUAAUUUCGUCGAACAGUUCCAUCGAGAAAAAUUUUGCUCUAUAUUGGAGGAGUGUUUUAAUCCUUGGAAUGUUAGUGUCAUUAUAAGAGAUAUUAGUUUAAAUAAUUUUUUCUACGUAUCGAUGGAGCCGAGCAUCGCAUCUAGUCUGAAGAAAUUGGAUAAAGAUGAUUGGCAAUCGAUGGUCGAUAGAGGACUGCACCUUUUCAACAGAGAAAAUAUGGAUCUGGAUAUAGUCGUAAACGAGGAAUGCCUUGAACUUACGUCAAACGUUGUAAGGGCGACGGCGUCGGAAGGGAGUAAUGUGGUGAUGAUCGGAAGACCGGGAGUCGGACGUAAAAGUGCAGUGAAAAUUGCUUCCGCAUUAAAAUCUGUCAAAAUUGUCGCUCCAAGCACCGGAAUGUCGCCGUAUUUUCAAAACGAAUUGAAAGUGGCGAUACACUGUGCUGCUCUGGAAUGCGAUAAUGUCUAUCUACUUCUCGAAGAUCACGUGUUUUUGAACGAAUCGAACUUGAACCUGGUGAACACUUUAAUAACUUGCGGAGAGGCACCAGACCUCUACGCGACCACAGAGUUGGAAAUUAUAGUAAAAGGAUUGAGGGAAAGGUCGAACAGUGAGAACUUUGAGGGCGAUUUAAUUCAGUUCUUUUACUCAAACACGAAGAAGAACCUCCACGUAAUAAUCUGCUUUGAUGAACUAAAUGAAAAUUUAUCGAACAUCUUGACGUACUAUCCGGCUUUUACGCAACACAUCACCAGGUUAUGGAAAUCGCGCUGGAAUAAGGAAUCUAUGGAUUCGUUGCCUUCACACCUGAUAAAAAAGUUAAACACUUACGAUUUGGAAAUGAACGUCAGCGGGAAGUUUGGUAAAAUAUACGAAACCAUAUCGAAGGAUAUAAUGGCUCCUUCUAGAUACGUUGCAUUUGUCGGGCUGUACUACAAGAUUUACCAGGAGCGAUUGUCGUCAAUGGACAUCAGGAAAAAAAAGUUAAAAAGCGGAGUUUCUAAACUAACCGAGGCAAGGAAUCUAGUGGCCGAGUUGAAACAAAAGGCUGCCGACGAACAAGACAAACUCGCGGAGAAGCAGUCGAAAGCCAACGCUGCUCUCGAUAUGAUCAGCAAGACAAUGCAAAAUGCCAACACACACAAAGAAGAAAUGGAAUCCCUGAAGCGGAAAACGGAGGACGAAAAUUUGCAAUUGAUGAAACGAAAGAAGGAAAUCGAAGAUGAGUUAUCUGAGGUGGAACCGCUGAUAGAAGAAGCGCGGUCAGCGGUGGGGAAUAUCAAAACCGAAUCGUUGUCUGAGAUAAGAUCUUUGAGAGCCCCGCCCGAAGUCAUCAGAGACAUAUUGGAGGGGGUACUGAAGCUCAUGGGAACUCAAGAUACCAGCUGGAACAGCAUGAAGACAUUUUUGGCUAAGAGAGGAGUUAAAGAAGAGAUCAGGUCGUUCGAUGCAAAUAAAAUUCGUACUGAAAAUCGACAAGCAGUCGAACGCCUAAUGACCAAUAAAAAAGAAUCUUUCGAUCCGAAAUCUGCCAAAAGAGCUUCGGUCGCUGCCGCCCCUUUGGCGGCGUGGGUCGAGGCGAAUGUCAAGUAUUCAAAGGUGUUGGACAAAAUACGCCCGCUCGAAAUUGAGCAAAAGAAACUUAAAGAGAACUUAAGCAAUGCGAAAUUGCAUUUGGUUGAACUUACGGACGAACUAUCAGAUGUGGACGCGAAUGUAGCCAAACUCAAAGAACAACUCUCUUCGUUUACAAAAGAAGCGGCGGAAAUCGAAAUAGGAUUGGACGAGGUCAAUCAUACACUUCGCACCGCACAGGAAUUGGUUAACAAAUUAGAUGACGAAUAUCAACGUUGGCAAAAACAGCUAAGAGAACUAUCAAUAGAACUGGGCAAACUGCCUAACAUGUCCCUUCUAGCAUCUGCGUUCAUCACAUUCUUAUCGGAGGAGAAUGAAUCUGACAGAAAUAAGUUCCUUGCCAAAUGGUGCGCAGAAAUAGGAGAAGAGGUUUUCGAUCUCGUAAUGUUCCUUUCGUCCGAAAGAGAGCAGCUGCAGUGGCAAUCCGACGGUUUAGCAAACGAUAAGCUUUCGUCCCAAAAUGUCAUUUUGAUGCAAAAGGGAAACUUAACGCCACUACUCAUUGAUCCAACAUCUAACGCUCUAAGCUGGUUGGGCAAUCAUUUAAAGCUGGCGAAAAAGAAUGUCGAGUAUGUCACACAGAAUUCGCCCAAAUUUCAUAGCAUAGUAGAAAACGCGUUAAGAUUUGGAAAAACGUUGAUAGUUGAAGAAGUGGAGACUGUAGAUCAUAUUUUGCUUCCCGUAUUAAGAGACGAUUUUACCGUUCAAGGGGAACGUAGAUUGAUGAGACUAAACGGCAAAUUUGUUGACUACGGUACGGACUUUAAACUCAUUUUGUGUACCAGGAAUGAGCGAUUUAGACUUCGAGCUGAUAUUUUACCAUUUGUAAAUAUAAUGAACUUCAAUGUCACGUGUGACGGAUUUCAAGAGCAACUUCUUUCCGCUGCUGUAAGGCAGGAAAAACCAGAAUUGGAAAAUAAACGAAAACAGCUGCUCCAGGAAAAAGAAGAGAUGGAAGAAAAGCAAUUUCAAUUGCAAAAUCGGCUUCUCGACGAUCUGGCCGAUUCAUCAGGAAAUAUAUUGCAGAAUAAGAACCUUUUGGAGUCAUUGAACGAAACAAAGGCCAGCUCGAUAGCCAUUGCGAAAGCUUUGGACGAAUCCCGCAACCUCGAGCAAGAUUUGUGCAAGGAAUACGACUCCUACGGAGACAUAUCUGAAUUCGGUAGCAAGCUAUAUUUCGCUUGUAAAGAAUUUUCCGGCUUCAAUAUCAUGUACGCGAUUUCCACGAAGGCCUUUAGCCGACUGUUUAUCAGAUCAUUGCAGACCGUUCAGCCGCUCGCGAAUGACCUAAACCUCCAAAAGAAAAAUCUUCUGCACACAGUGUACGGUUACAUGAGCAGGGGCGUAUUUAAAAAGGACAAGCUGGCAUUCGUUUUGCAUUUAAUACACAGGCUACUGCCCGGUGAAAUUCCCGACGAGGAGUUUAAGUUGUUUUUAGGCAUUGGCCCUUGCCGGAACUUGGAAGACGACGAACCACCUAAUUGGGUUCCGAGACAGUCAGGCGUGGCACUCAAAAAUCUCAAGAUGUCUCUACCAAAUUUGUAUGACAAACUCAACUUGAACGAGUCUAUCGCUUGGAAAAACUUCAUGAGUUCUUCCAAGUGCGAACAUGAAUUUCCUUCUCAUUGUCAUCUGACUGCAUUCCAAAAAGUUUUGGUGGUACAAGUUUUGCGACCCGACAGAACGUGGUCGACGCUGGAGAAAUGCAUUUCCACAGUUACCGAUAUAAAGAUGGUCGAUUCAGCCGUUUUGGAUUUGGAACAGUUGGCUAUGGACUCCGAAAGUGAUGAACCUAUACUAAUGCUCACCUCAUCGGGGACAGAUCCUUCAUGUGAAAUAUCGGAUCUAGCAAAAGCGCGAAACUUUAAAUACGUAGAGGUUUCUAUGGGGGAAGGACAGGAAGCUAAAGCUCUCGAAGAAUUGGAAAAGUGCGUGGUUGCCGGUCAUUGGCUAAUUCUCAAAAAUCUCCAUCUGGUCACGUAUUGGCUACCGGUGUUGAGCCAGCACUUGAAGCGUCUGCAAACCGAUAACGAAUUUCGAUUGUGGCUGAUAACCGAGCCGUGUCAAACAUUCAAUUUCGUGCUGGCCCAGAAUAGCCUCAAGGUGGCAUACCAGGAGCCGCAAGGACUGAAGAAUAAUCUUUUGCGAAUAUAUUCUUUGAUUGAAGCGAAACAUUUGAACAUUCUCAACAAUACAUCUGCUAGGAUUCUGUUUGCGUUCGCUUGCGUUCACGCUCUUCUACAAGAAAGAAGGAAUUACAUACCUCAAGGAUGGUCUAAAUACUACGAAUUCAACAACACCGACUUCAAUACUUGCCUUAGUUUGAUCGAAGAUUUGUGGCAAAAUGAAAAUACACACGUCCGAUGGUCGUUCAUAUCGGGGUUGAUGUGUGAUGCCGUAUACGGGGGUCGCGUUGAGAACAUGGACGACAUGAAAAUAUUGGAAUCGUACGCCCGAGCCUAUUUCAGAGACGAAAUAACCAGCCACAGAUGGUCGCCGUUCGAUAUCAAUACAAAUUUGCCGAAUUCGGCUAAAAUACAAGAUUACAUUGCCGCGAUUAAGACGUUCCCGAACAAAGAUGCUCCGUCCGCAUUUGGACUUCCAGAUAACGUAAAUAAAGCUUGGGAAAUUCAGUCGUCAGCCAGGCUGGUCGCGGAAUUGAAAGGGUUUUACUCCAUGCACACUCAAGUAGGGAUGGCAACAAAUGAAAUAGAUUAUAAAAAUCUCCAACCGCUGCUAAAUUUGUGGAAAAAGGUUAACCAUGGGCUAGAUUUUAUUAGAAUGACAAUUCCUGAACGAGAAAACUCAGCGUCAGCUUUGGAAACGUUUUUAGUUGAAGAAGUGAUUUUAGCCGUCGAACUCAUACAAAGCAUCCACAAGAACUUCAUAAAUCUAAAUAACAUCUCCAAGGGCUUCGUGGAGGCAACCGAUACCGACAGAAUGAUCGCCUUGAGUUUAUUGAAUUAUAAGACCCCGGAUAUCUGGUUGGACAAAUGGAAGGGUCCCAUGGAUCCGAACAGCUAUUUACAGAGGCUCCUAAUUAAAGCCGUUGCAAUACAGGAUCUACAAAAACGGGAUCGUUUCAGCUUUUUACAAACGGGCGUGAAUUUGGCUCAAUUCUUUUGUCCCGAAGGAUUCGUAGCGGCCACCAAACAAGAUUUUUCGAGAAAUGAGAACGUGUCACUGGAAGAAGUUUACCUCGAAACGAAUUGGAUACGCGCGCAUGGCGACGGUUUAUCUAUAACGGUGUCGGAUUUACUAAUCGAAGGCGGAAUUCUCGAAAAUGGAACCUUAAAACCCUGCUCGAUAAAUUCCGAAAAUAUUGUUGCUGCGCCCAAUUGUUACUUGAGCUGGAGCGCCAAGAGAAAUCCGGGCGACGAUAAAUAUAUCCAAGUACCUUUAUACGAAAGCUCGAACAGGGAGAAAAAAGUGCUGUGCCUGAGGGUCCCAUGCGCAUUAGAAAAUAAGGAAAAAUGGACAUUAGCCAGCGUUGCGCUAUACAUGUGUUUCUAAUUAUUUAAUAAAUUAAUUAUCUACUUAUAUUGGUAGUGUAAGUGUAGAUAUUAGUUCAGAAGUAAGAAAAAUACACAACACUUUACUUUGA